AUGGCACCUCUUGCUCCGAUUCCAGGCUCUGAUAUCUCUGCCCUCUAUGACACCCCUAGCCGCCAGUUGAUCCUCUCGGCCGUCGGUACCCUCCCCGGCAUCUGGUUUACCCCGUUUUUUAAACAAGAGCCAUUUGCCGGCGGCCUUCGCUUCUCUCUCCAAGCCUUCACCGGUGGUUUUCAUCCUCCGCCGAAGAGGUCCUUUGAUAUUGCAGAAAAGUUCCAAAUCGACCUGCCAAUACCGCACUUUAACAACAAGAGUGUCCUCGUCGAGACUGGCUUGGGGAGGUUCACCAUUGACAUCAAGUAUACCGGCUUCGGUUCCGAUUCCGUACCUAGUUCAGAGCCGGACGGAAACAACUUCCGUGAUGUCUUGCCGCCAAUCCAGAAGUUCCUGACUGGCGACGCUGAACUUUUCAUCACCGCUCAGAUUCCAAAGACUGAGCCUUCUGGAAAAGCAUCGGUUGAGCCCUCGUUCAACCCUCAGUUCUUGAAGCUGGUUGAUUCCAUAUAUGAGGACGGAGCUAUUAAUUGGACCUUCCAGUGGGCGGAGCUGCCCCUCGGCGAGGACCAGAAUCCUCAGCUGAUUGAGAUCAUCACCACCGUUUCGAACGGGUACGCUGGUCCACCGGUCCAGACUUGGCAGACCAGACAGGGAUACAGCGUUCACUUGGUGCUCCUUCAGAAGUAA